UGAGAAAACGGAAGCCAGGACCAGAGUUUCAGGAGCACAAAAAUGUGUGACGUGUACACAUAAUUUAUUUUUAUGAAAAGGAUUUCCCAUGUUUUGUACUUCGACCUCAUUAAUGGUUUUUAUUGUUUUGUUCAAGUCAAACUAGAGUUUUCCCAGUGUGGCCAACAAGCUAAUUAUACAGCAACUGUCAAUUUCUAGUCGUUUUUGAAAUCCUUGUCCAGGCUGCACCCACCUAGAAGGUUCCAGCAAGUUUCCACAAAGUUACAAGUUGAAUAGAGACAUCAUAUUAUGGCUCACAUGAAUCAAGCCAUUCAGUCUCUAGAGAGUUCAUUAGACUUAUCUCAGAUGGAAAAUCUUGUAAAUGAACCAGAUGAUGAGACUGAAGGCAAUAGAAAAGAUUCAGACUCAUCAAACAUAAACUCUGAGAUUUAUACAUCUAUAGUUUGGCAUAAUGGAAUGCUUGCAUUGUCAUAUUAUGAUCUUGGCACUUGCCAGGUGUACUUUGUACCAGACACGCCAGAAAAUGAUGACUUCACUAUAUUGAAUCAGGUGCUGCGAGAGAUUCAUCCUGUUGUAAUCAUCUUAAGUUCCAGGCAAGACAACCGUCUAGUCACAUACCUGAAAAAACUGAUGUCUGACAAUAGUCCUAGUCGAACAGAGAUAAAUAAUGAAUUAUGCAAGCUGGAAUUUCUGAUGAAUUCAGAUUUUAAUUAUGAAGUUAGCAAGAGAAGAGUUUUGGGUCUCAAUCUUCCAUCCAUCCCUAAACAUUACACUGAUGAGGAGAGAAAAAUGUAUUUCUCAUCUCUUCUAGCCAUGGAGAAAGUCAACUUGGUUAGGUCAUUAGGUGGCCUUCUAAGGUACUUAGAUAAAUCAAGAGUUGGUGUGGAACUAGAUGAUAUAGAUACACAAGUGUCUAUUCUUGGAUUUAGAACUCAUGACAUAGAAAAUCAUAUUCAGAUUGAUACAGUCACAUAUUCUGCACUGAAUAUAUUCAGCACUGAACCACAUCCCUCUGUUUUUAAAAAUGGAACCUCCAGUAAAGAAGGCUUAAGUUUAUUUGGAAUAUUAAAUAGAUGCAAAUCAACAAGUGGAAGUAGAAAGUUGCGUUAUUGGUUUCUUCGUCCACUUAAGAAUGUAUCAAUCCUGAAUGAAAGAUUUGAUGCCAUUUCUUACUUUCUGAAGUCUGAGAACAAAGAAACUGUUAAUUGCCUUCAGGGUUGUCUUAAAAACAUCAAGUAUAUAACUAAAGUGUUUCUCCGAAUGUCUAAAGCCCAGGCCACAGUUGGAGAUUGGAAUUCUUUAUUCAAGACACUUUUAAGUGCUGUCUCUAUUGGAUCUAUCAGUAGAAAUCAACCUCAAAGUAUUGCUAUUUUUAAAGAGAUAGGUUCAACCUUUAUAGAAGAUCUCAAUCUCUGCACAAAGCUCAUCUCAAAAACUAUAGAUUUCCCAAGUUCAAAACAGACUGGCAAGAUUGUCGUGUUACCAAAUGUGAAUGCUGAAUUGGAUGAAAAAAAGCGUACAUAUAAUGGAAUGUCCUCCUUGCUGAAUACUUUGUCUUAUGAAGAGAUAAAAAGUCUGAGAGUAGACAUUGACAAAUGUUGUGUGAACUAUUACCCUCAGUUAGGUUUUCUUCUUGUUAUCAACAUGCCUGAAGGACAAGCAGAAGAAGAUGACCAUACUAUUGAAGGUCUAGAGUUCAAGUUUUGUUCAGAUAAUUUACUCUAUUACAAAACACCAAAAAUGGCUGAACUAGAUAAUAUACUUGGAGAUAUUCUUGCCAGUAUAACAGAUCUAGAGAUUAAGAUAAUCCACAACUUACAGCUAGUUCUAUUGGAACACACACAGGUCAUACUGGAUGUCUUGGAUAAGAUUGCAGAUCUGGAUUGUCUUCUAGUGUUAUCUUCAUGUGCUAGUGAAUUUAAUUAUGUCAGACCACACUUAGUCCAAGAUUGUGUCAUUGACAUUAAAUCAGGAAGACAUCCUUUACAAGAACUAUGCUGCAGUCCCUACGUACCUAAUGAUGCCAACAUGGGAGGUGAACAAAGUAAAAUGAAACUUCUCACUGGACCCAAUGCAUGUGGUAAAAGUGUUUACUUAAAACAGGUUGCCUUGAUAGUAUUUAUGGCCCAUAUCGGAAGCUUUGUACCUGCUGAGUUGGCCAGGAUUGGACCCAUUGACAAAAUAUUCACUCGUCUCAAGUCUGUGGAGAGUAUUUCUGAGGGGAUGUCCACAUUUCUACAAGACAACAUGCAAAUGUCAGAGGCACUGCGCUCAGCUACCGCCCACUCUUUAGUUGUCAUUGAUGAAUAUGGGAAAGGCACAGAAUCUACUGAUGGUCUGGCAUUGCUUACUGCUAUGUUAAAGUUUUGGAUUGAGAAAGGCUCUUCCUGUCCAUUGGUCAUUGUGUCCACUCAUUUUCACAGCAUCAUUCAACAAAAGCUUUUACCAAAGUCAAAGCAACUUCAAUUUCUGACUCUUGAGACCUUGAUUCAGAUGGAUGAGCUUGUGUUCUUGUACCAGAUCAAAGAGGGUCACACUAGCUCAAGCUAUGCUUGUAACAUAGCUGCAGUAGUUGGGAUGGCCCCACAUAUUGUCAAGAGAGGUCAAGAGGUCUCUGACUUAAUUAGUCAACACAAAAAUGUACCACAUAUGAAAGACAAACACAGCAAGGAGCAGAAAAUAAAGUAUGAAACUAUUGUCACAGAGUUCCUGAAACUAAAUUUAGACUUGGAUGACAUUCAAAGCUUUUUAAAGAACAUUGUUCUCCCAUUGGCUGAUACUAGCAGUAAUAUUAAAACUGGAGCUAAAAUUUCCAGUGUUCAGACAAUACAGAGACAUUUCCCCAGUAAGAUUUCUAUUGGCCCUACAUCAAGUGUCAUGGAAGUGCAUACAGACACCUCACUGCCUCAGGAAGUCAACCAAUCCUCCUCUAGUAGGGCACCGGCUUUCAAUGUGGGACUUUUCCAGCCCACAUUACUUCAGAAUGCUCAGUCUAAUGUUCAUGAAACUACAGCAAAAACUCAAGCAGGUCCAAAUACUGACAGUAUUGUGAGGCUCAAUUCAUUUUGUGAUCCUCAAAGAAAUACUCAACAUUUGAAUGUCAAACUAACUUAUGAUGGCUCUGAUGUCUUGGAUAGAAUACAGAGAACAAAAGAAAUGAAAGAUAUUUUACUUGAUUCAAAAUUAGAUUGUUCAUUUCUUGAGAAAAGUUGUCCACAUACUGUAGUCACUGAAAUCAAGGAGACAACAAAUCCAAUUGAGAAUCCUAAAAGUUGUUGCUCUAAAAACUCAGGAGCAGAGAAUCAAACAACAAAACUGUCAGACAGUGAGUCCACGUCAUCAGAAAAAAGGAAAGUUGAUUUGAGAUUUUUAUUUAAAGCUUCCAAUAAAAAGCCAAGAUUGGAACAACGAACUAGCACACCUUUAGGCUGGGAUGAAACAAAGUCUAGGGAAGAACAACAUACUAGCACACCUAUAAGCUGGAAGAAUUCUAGAAACCCAAUGUCAAUAACUGCCAUCAAAAAAGAAAAACUUUCGACCCAUCCUAGUACAUGCAGUGGUACAAUCCCAGAAGACAGCAGUGAGACUUCAGAAUAUAGCCAUAAACAUGUCACUAGCAGCUCUCCAUUUCUAAGUUCUCAGUAAUAAUUAGCUUUGCAGAUCUCUUAGGCCAUUGGAGUAAUGAUAGGAGCGUCAUUAUUGUUAUAUUUUUUUUCUGUGAUAGUGUUUUUUUGUAAAUUAACUUGUAUGCCUUCAUGUUUUUAUUACUAAACAUUUGAAUUUUGAGUUGUCAUUGAUGAAUUUUGAGUUGUCAUUGAUGAAUUUUGAGUUGUCAUUGAUGAAUUUUGAGUUGUCAUUGAUGAAUGAUGUUUUGUUGUUGUUUUAUUCACAUUAUGAUGUUUAUCUUAAAUCAGCUCUGUGUAAACUAUUUAAAGUGUGUACAGGAUGGAGUUGAAACACUUGUAGUCCUAUUCUGUCUCUUUGUUCUAAUGCUCUAAUAACUCUUUGACUUCCUCUAGAGUCUUUUUUUUUGUUUGUUGCUAAAAGGAUUUCAAAUAAAAUCAUAAUUUUU